GACACGGAGGCCGAGCUGGGGCAGGGGCUUGACCGCCAUGACCCCCCGGAGCUCGGCGUGAGGGGCCGAGAUGCGCUGACCGCCAGACCUUGCUGCAGCUCCCCUCUGCCAGCCACAGUCGCCUCUUGACGCCCCGGGCGGGGGGCCAAGCCCCUCGCCAGGCACCAUGUCGACCUCGUCGCUGCGGCGCCAGAUGAAGAACAUCGUCCACAACUACUCGGAGGCGGAGAUCAAGGUCCGAGAGGCCACGAGCAACGACCCCUGGGGCCCCUCGAGUUCCCUCAUGUCGGAGAUCGCUGACCUGACCUAUAACGUGGUGGCCUUCUCCGAGAUCAUGAGCAUGAUCUGGAAGCGGCUCAACGACCACGGCAAGAACUGGAGGCACGUCUACAAGGCCAUGACGUUGAUGGAGUACCUGAUCAAGACGGGCUCGGAGCGCGUGUCGCAGCAGUGCAAGGAGAACAUGUACGCCGUGCAGACGCUCAAGGACUUCCAGUACGUGGACCGCGACGGCAAGGACCAGGGCGUGAACGUGCGCGAGAAGGCCAAGCAGCUGGUGGCCCUGCUGCGCGACGAGGACCGGCUGCGGGAGGAGCGCGCACACGCGCUCAAGACCAAGGAGAAGCUGGCGCAGACGGCCACCGCUUCCUCAGCGGCUGUUGGCGCGGGCCCACCGGCGGAGGCCGAACAGGCCUGGCCACAGAGCAGCGGGGAGGAGGAGCUGCAGCUGCAGCUGGCCUUGGCCAUGAGCAAGGAGGAGGCCGACCAGCCCCCGCCCUGCGGCCCAGAGGAUGACGUCCAGCUCCAGCUGGCCCUUAGUUUGAGCCGGGAGGAGCACGACAAGGAAGAGCGCAUUCGCCGUGGGGACGACCUGAGGCUGCAGAUGGCCAUCGAAGAGAGCAAGAGGGAGACUGGGGGCCAGGAGGAGUCUUCCCUCAUGGAUCUCGCUGACGUCUUCACAGCCCCGGCUCCUCCGGCCACCUCGGACCCCUGGGGGGGCCCAGCCCCCAUCGCCACUGCUGCCGCCGCACCCACUACUGCCCCAGCCUCGGACCCUUGGGGGGGCCCUCCUGUCCCGCCUGCUGCUGAUCCCUGGGGGGGCACGGCCCCGACGCCGGCCUCUGGGGACCCUUGGCGGCCGGCUGGCCCAGCUGGGCCCACGGCUGACCCCUGGGGUGGGACCACAGUGCCCGCUGCUGGGGAGGGGCCCCCGCCUGACCCGUGGGGGGGCGCGGAUGGUGGGCCCCCAGUCGGUGGCCCACCCCCCGCCUCUGAUCCCUGGGCUCCGGCGCCUGCCUUCUCAGACCCCUGGGGGGGUUCUCCUGCCAAGCCCAGCACCAAUGGCACAGCAGUCGGGGGAUUUGACCCAGAGCCUGAUGAGUUCUCGGACUUUGACCGACUGCGGACGGCCCUGCCCACCUCGGGGAGCAGCACAGGGGAGCUGGAGCUGCUUGCAGGGGAGGUGCCCGCCCGUAGCCCCGGGGCCUUUGACAUGAGUGGGCUCGGGGGCUCCCUGGCCGAGGCUGUGGGGAGCCCUCCACCUACAGCCACACCAACCCCCACGCCACCCAUGCGGAAGACGCCCGAGUCGUUCCUGGGGCCCAACGCAGCGCUGGUGGACCUGGACUCGCUGGUGAGCCGGCCCGGCCCCACGCCCCCCGGAGCCAAGGCCUCCAACCCCUUCCUGCCAAGUGGUGCCCCUGCCUCUGGCCCGUCGGUCACCAACCCAUUCCAGCCUGCGCCGCCGGCAACCCUCACCCUGAACCAGCUGCGCCUCAGCCCUGCGCCCCAGGUCCAGGGUGCGCCAGCAACGUUCAUCUCUCCCCUUGGGGGCGGCCCUGGCCUGCCCCCCAUGAUGCCCCCGGGCCCCCCAGCCCCCAACACUAACCCCUUCCUCCUAUAAUCCCGGGGUGGGGGAGGGGGGCUUGGCCCGGCCCAGCCCCCCAUCUUCGCUCCCCGGAGGUCAGUGUUGUGAGUGCAUGUGAAACGGGCUCGCCCCCCCCGCCCCCACCCCUUCCUGGGGCCCACUCACACUACGCCCUCUUCCCACGGCCCCCCACUCCACCUCCCUACAGAGAAACUGGACCUGGGGGGGAGGGGUGCUGGCAAGAGGAGGAGCCCUUUCCUGUGGCAUUAGAAGGGGGAGGGGCAGCUGGGGGUCACCCCUGCCCACCCCCUCCCUCUGCUCCUGAUCCCCCUCAAUCAGUGUUGGAGCCUCUUCGUCGUCCCUCAGUGCACCCUCGGGGAACCCUUGGUGAUGAUUUUGGCAACUUCGGGAAUAAAUGGCAAUUCUCUUGGG